CAACUAAUGACCAUUGGCAUAAUUGUACAUAGUUGUUGAAACCCGUUGAAGAAGUGUACACAUUGAUCCAUGUAUAUUAUUGAUUGAAAAGAUGUUGAACAGCCUAAAAGGAAAUAUUUCAAGAACGAUGUUAAAAAAUAAAUGUAAGAAAGAAAUCGAAAACAUAUUGCAAGAGGGGAAUAACACUGUCUAUGUAGCAGAAGAUGUCAAAACAGAUGGAUUCGUUCCAAUAUAUAACGAUCAAGAUUGCAGUAAGCCGCAAAAAAACAAAAAAUCAGAUAGGAUAGCAUUAGCCCCAGUUCCAGAAUCCGACUGGGAAAAUAAGGAAAAUUUUCGAAUAAAUAAAAAAAGUAAUACGAAUGAGGCUGGACCUUCUUCAAAAAAACAACGAACAAAUGUGAAAACGCUAACCUUAGACGAAAAAUUUGAAAGACUACCAAAAAUAGACGUUUCACCAAUUAUACGAAAUACUUUCUCUAAUUACAUUAUCAAAAAGAAGUCAAGUGAUGCUAGAAUACCCAAAUUAAUAAAACGACAAAGACCAGCUCGCUUAACAGACUAUUUGGACCAGCCUUUCCAGGAUAUAUGGCGUGAUAAUUUUCAAACAUCACUGGAUAGAGAACAGGAAGUACUUCCAGUUGAUUUUUUGACGAGAUUUGGAGUCAGUAAAAUGGACAGAGCGAGAUGUAUUAAUAUACUACUAAAAAUACAGGUUUUUUAUCAUCUGUAUGAAGAAAUAGUUUAUUGCAGUGUAAAUAUGUUUGACAGAAUAUUAUUUUCAAUAGAAAUACCACCAUGUGUAUAUGAGUUAGUUGCUGCUACUUGCCUUUGGUUGGCGUCUAAGAUGUCAGGACAGAUAAUGACGCCAAGCAAUAUUUUAAUGAUGUGCUCUGAAAUAUAUAUAUCCCAACAAAUGAUUCGCAUGGAAAGAAAAAUAUUGAAGAUAUUAGAUUUUCGCAUUCCACAUAUAGAACCUGCAUUUUUUGUCGAAUAUUUCUUUUUAGAACAUCAGAUUCUGCCAGGUUCGAAACUCUACGAUUCCACUUAUUUUAUAUUAGACUUUUCAACACUCUUUGAGGAAUUCUCAAACUUUUUCCCCAGCGAAAUUGCAGCUAGUUCUAUAUUGAUAGCAGUAAAAUUAUUCCACAAAGACAAGCAACAAGAGGUUUUGAACUAUUUGAAAAAAACAAUACCAACGGAAAAGUUAGCAAGAUCUUACCAGUUUCAACUGAAACUCCUCCAGUCCAUGUCUACGAUGGAUGAAAACAUGGUAUCUAAGGUUUUGUUAGCGAAAUAUAAGAAUUGCGUAUGGCUGUUACCUGUCGAACGAAGUACUGAAAAUAUUCCCAUGGUUAAUCUAUAGUUAUUUUUGACUAUUUUAAUUUAUAGAUACAGAAGUAGCGGGUGUUCCAGAAGUAGCGGGUCGGUCGAAUAUCUCGCGAAAUGAACAUCCGAUCGAAGAACUGAAAAAUAUGGGUUCAAUAUGUUUCAAAAAUCUAUCGAAUGAUACCAAACACAGCCAUACAAUCGACCCCCUGGAGGUGGGGUGAGGUAACUUUAAAAUAUUAAAUAGGAAUCCCCAUUAUUUAUUGCAGAUUUGGAUUCCUUACCUAAAAGUAAGUAACUUUUAUUCGAGACAUUUUUUCGAAUUGUGGAUAGAUGGCGCUAUAAUCGGAAAAAACGAUUUAUCCAGAUACACUAAGUAAAUUAUACAAACGCUUUAAUAUCUCAAGAAAUAUACCUCUAAAUGAAAAACCAAAAACAUGUGUUUAAUAUUUUUCAAAAACCUAGGGAAUAACACUAAACACGACGCCCCCACUCCAUCCCAUGGAAGUGAUGUGGAGGUAACUUUAAAAUCUUAAAUAGGAACCCCCGAUUUUUAUUGCAAAUUUGGAUUUCUCAUAAAAAAAUAAGGAGUGUUUAUUCGAGACAUUUUUUAGAAUUAUUGAUAGAUGGUGCUGUGAUUAGGAAAAUACGAGUUAUUAACGCCAUCUAUCAACAAAUCUAAAAAAUGUCUCAAAUAAAUGUUACUUACUCUUUUACGAGGUACUCAAAUCUGUCAUAAAAAUGGGGGUUCCUAUUUAAGAUUUUAAAGUUACCCCCACCCCACCUCCAUGGGAUGGAGUGGGGGUCGUGUUUAGUGUUAUUCGAUAGGUUUUUGAAAAAUAUUAAACCAUGUUUUUGGGUUUUCAUUUGGAAGUGUAUUUCUCGAGAUAUUAGACCGUUUCUAUAAUUUACCUAGGGCAGUGGUGGGCAAACUUUUUUAAAGGGGGCCACAAAGUUUAAGAAAUUCUAUAAGGGGGGCCAGAAUUACUGAAAAAAUGCAUUUAGUGUUAAAGCUAUCUGUAUACUAUGCACGUCGAUGGACCCUCUGCGGGCCGGAUUAAAUACUUUCGCGGGCCGGAAUUCGAAAGUCCACAAUUUGAAAAAUACCUGGAAUGAAACUUACUUAUUGUGCUUAAGCAAUCCGAAUCUGCAAUAAAAAACGUGGGUUCCUAUUUAAGAUUUUAAAGUUACCCCCACCCCACCUCCAGUGUGUGGAAGGGGGUGUCGUGUUUGGUGUUAUUCGAUAGAUUUUUGAAAAAUAUUGAAAAUGUAUUUUUCAGUUUUUUGAUCCCAUGUAUAUUUCGCGAGAUAUUCGACCGUUCCGCUACUUUUGGGACACCCUAUAACUGUUGUGUAUGUUAGUUGUGUUGUGUUUCAAUUAUUAAUUGUACGAGGACUGAGAAUUUUACCAAAUAACCAAAUAAUUAUUGAAUGUAGUAAUAGAAUAGCAAAGUUAUAUUUUUAAAACACUAUAACUUUAAGUAUAAACAUGG